AUAAGUGGCGGUUUUAUAUUAUGUGAAAAUAUUUGCCAGAACACGUAUUUAUAGUAAUGGAAACUUUUUAAAUUACUUCACAGAUUACUAAUAGGAGUAAUAAAUUUUAUAAAAACCAAUGUAUAGGUAUGAAGGUUUCAUCAAAAUUUAUAAAACUAAUGCAUAUAUAUUAAAAUCAUAUGAAUUUUGUGGUUACCUAUACGUAAAUCUGGUCACACAUCAGGGAACUAAGAAUGAACGAUGUCUAUACGUUACGAUCUCAACUUAGCAAGAAAAACUACGAAUACUGGUUCUAAGAUUACAAUAAUAGUCGUAAUACAAUAGAUUUCUCAAUAUCAACAUUUAUCUGUAUCUAAUGGAUAAUUUGGACUAGCCGUACAACGACUCCGUGGCGCAACGGUAGCGCGUCUGACUCCAGAUCAGAAGGUUGCGUGUUCAAAUCACGUCGGGGUCAAACGAAAUAUUUUUUCUUUUUUUAUUUAAUAAAUUAAUAAUUUGUUUUCUUUUUAUCGUUUAUCGAAAUGAAAGGAUAAAACAUUCAUUAAAUACUACAUUCAUAGUCAUAUGUACAGUUUUAUUUGAAAGCUUCUAUAGCAUGCGUAAGAUGAAUAGAGUUCUUUUAAAUAAACAAAACAAACAUCUAAACAAAUUCAGAUAACCCAGUGUGUUCCUUAUCUCACGCACCGAGACGCGGUCAUCGGUCACUGCUCAUUAUCCACUUAUACUGGUUAAUACGAACCAUUCAUUCCCAACCCGCGUACAAAUACAGUCGCCAUGCAAUUCGCAUUUCUAGCGUUUAUUCUUUACAUACUCCCAGCUACAGCUGUCAAUUUAAAGUAUCUCGACCCAGUGAAAUUGCAAACGAAAACAUCGGCCGAAGUACAAAAACAAGCGGCCCUAGAGAUCAUCAGCAAGUAUCUCAACAACGUCGACGUGUACAUUAGCCCAGUUUUAUUUGUCAACAACAAAGAUGUGUUUGUCCUGAGGACGGUGAACGGACAACUGCAUAUAAGGGCUAGCACCGGAGUCGCGGCCGUGUGGGGCUUCAAUUACUACCUAAAGAAGUAUUGCAAGAGUCAAAUAGCGUGGCAAGUGCAGCACUUAAAUAUACCCAAUCCGUUACCAGAGGUCGAGGAAACUGUUAUAGCCAAUGACAGGUUCAGAUAUUACCAAAAUGUGUGUACCGCAUCGUACAGCUUUGUGUGGUGGCAAGUCCCGGAUUGGACUAACCACGUCGAGUGGAUGGCAUUGAACGGUAUAAAUCUCGCGCUCGCGCCGAUCGCCCAAGAAGCUGCUUGGGCGAGCAUUUACAAAAAAUUAGGAAUGACAGACGACGAAAUCAGCGAACAUUUUACGGGACCCGCGUUCCUCUCGUGGCUUCGUAUGGGAAAUGUUCACGGAUGGGGAGGACCACUGUUUCAGUCGUGGCACAAUGGUCAAAUGCAAAUCCAAUCGAACGUCGUGGACCAAAUGUUCCGCCUGGGAAUGGUCCCCAUAUUCCCGGCAUUCAAUGGCCACGUCCCGAAAGCGUUCGAGCGUAUUUUCCCCAACGCCACAUUUUACACAGUGAGCACUUGGAAUAAAUUCAACGACGAUUACUGCUGCAAUCUAUUUCUGAGCCCGUUUGAUCCGCAAUUCAAAAUAAUAGGUAAGAUGUUUUUGAAAAAAGUCACCGAGGGUGUGGGAACAAGCAAUAUAUACACAGCCGAUCCCUUCAAUGAAAUCAAAGUCGAGCCGUGGUCUACAAGUUUAGUUCAAGAAACAGCAAAAGCUAUUUUUACGACGCUUACUGAACAUGAUGAAAAUGCAGUUUGGCAAGCGGCCCUAGAGAUCAUCAGCAAGUAUCUCAACAACGUCGACGUGUACAUUAGCCCAGUUUUAUUUGUCAACAACAAAGAUGUGUUUGUCCUGAGGACGGUGAACGGACAACUGCAUAUAAGGGCUAGCACCGGAGUCGCGGCCGUGUGGGGCUUCAAUUACUACCUAAAGAAGUAUUGCAAGAGUCAAAUAGCGUGGCAAGUGCAGCACUUAAAUAUACCCAAUCCGUUACCAGAGGUCGAGGAAACUGUUAUAGCCAAUGACAGGUUCAGAUAUUACCAAAAUGUGUGUACCGCAUCGUACAGCUUUGUGUGGUGGCAAGUCCCGGAUUGGACUAACCACGUCGAGUGGAUGGCAUUGAACGGUAUAAAUCUCGCGCUCGCGCCGAUCGCCCAAGAAGCUGCUUGGGCGAGCAUUUACAAAAAAUUAGGAAUGACAGACGACGAAAUCAGCGAACAUUUUACGGGACCCGCGUUCCUCUCGUGGCUUCGUAUGGGAAAUGUUCACGGAUGGGGAGGACCACUGUUUCAGUCGUGGCACAAUGGUCAAAUGCAAAUCCAAUCGAACGUCGUGGACCAAAUGUUCCGCCUGGGAAUGGUCCCCAUAUUCCCGGCAUUCAAUGGCCACGUCCCGAAAGCGUUCGAGCGUAUUUUCCCCAACGCCACAUUUUACACAGUGAGCACUUGGAAUAAAUUCAACGACGAUUACUGCUGCAAUCUAUUUCUGAGCCCGUUUGAUCCGCAAUUCAAAAUAAUAGGUAAGAUGUUUUUGAAAAAAGUCACCGAGGGUGUGGGAACAAGCAAUAUAUACACAGCCGAUCCCUUCAAUGAAAUCAAAGUCGAGCCGUGGUCUACAAGUUUAGUUCAAGAAACGGCAAAAGCUAUUUUUACGACGCUUACUGAACAUGAUGAAAAUGCAGUGUGGGUGUUACAAAAUUGGAUGUUUGUGCACAAUCCUUUACUGUGGCCUCUAAAUCGGGUGCAGUACUUUUUGACCUCAGUACCUUUGGGAAGGAUGCUCAUAUUGGAUCUCCAGUCAGAGCAAUGGCCUCAAUAUGACCUUUAUCGUAUGUACUACGGUCAACCGUUUAUUUGGUGUAUGUUACACAACUUCGGAGGCACGCUGGGUAUGUUUGGAAGCAUUCAUACGAUAAACAAUGAUGUAUAUGAGACUAGAAAGCGAAUCAAUAGCACGAUGAUCGGCAUUGGUCUAACACCUGAAGGGAUAAAUCAGAAUUAUGUUGUUUAUGAUUUAAUGUUGGAGUCUGCGUGGCGCGAAACCCCAGUACAGGAUCUGAACAAAUGGGUGGCGGAUUACGCAGAGCGACGCUAUGGGUGUAACUCUACAGCUGCUGCGUGGCGAUAUCUAUUCAAAAGUGUAUACGACUUUAAUGGUUUGAACAAAAUAAGAGGUAAAUACGUGGUAACACGACGGCCGAGUUUUAAAAUACGACCGUGGGCUUGGUACAAGAGUGACGACUUAUUCAAUGCGCUUAAAAAUUUCGUUUUCUCCGCCACUUCCGAUUGUACAGACGGUUUUGAACACGACCUCGUUGAUGUUACCAGACAAGCUUUGCAAUAUAGAGCUGAUCAAUUAUACCUUGAGGUGUUAAACGACCGAUAUACAAACACGUGGACAUUCAACGCAUCGAUAAACAGAUUCCUAGACGUUAUGGUGGACAUGGAAAAUAUUUUAGCGUCGAACGCUGAUUUCACUGUGACCAAAUGGUUAUCGGAUGCAACAAAAUGGGCGGCGAACGUAAGUGAGUCCUAUGUGUACGAACUGAACGCUCGAAAUCAAAUAACGCUGUGGGGGCCGAACGGAGAAAUAACCGACUACGCGUGCAAGCAAUGGGCGGAAGUUUUCCGCUACUAUUAUCGACCACGUUGGACAACCUUCUUGGAAAUCGCGAUGGACGCGAAGCUGAGAAAUGAGACAUUCGACGAGCGAAGCGCUCAGCGAGCUGUGAGGACAUCAGUGGAAGAGGCAUUUCAAAGAGUAGAGAUCCUUUCUAUCCCCAGUCAGAAUGCGCGCGAUGCUGCAUUGUACAUAUACGAAAAGUGGGCAUACAUCUCUGAUUUGGAAGAUUUACCAAUGAAUAUUAUACCGAGAGACCCAGAAGGUAAGACGACAUUGGCCGACGUCGAUGACGAAGCAGACGGUAGUUUGAGCAACACUCCGUCCGUUGUCAUGCUGCAUUCUACCACGCCGACAUAGAUAUAUUAAUGCAUUAAUAUUUAUGACAUUAUAUGUACCUUAUAAUAAUAAUAUAACUUUUGUACCACAACCUUAUGCAAAUACCAUGUGUAUUUUGAUUAAUAUGUAAUGUUUAAUAAUAGCGAUAUAUCAUAAUAGUAAUAAUUAUACUAUAUGUUCAAUUUAAGUUGUUUUAUAAAGUUUUCUCAGUCUCCUUGUAUCAUAUACAUACCGUUAUACGUAACCGUUUCUCUCAUCUACUUUCAAUUGCAUUCAUCAUUGAUCCGCAAUAUAAUUAUACGUUGGCAUCAUUAAAUAAAUAAAUAAUAUAAUAAAUCGUUCAUUGAUCUUGUUUAUAUAUCAAUUUUAACCUCAAAGUAGGACAUCCUGUAUCUUGGCGUCCACGUUGCCUUGUGAUUCUUAAAAUUAACAUAACAAUAGCAUAACAUAACCUAAAUUGUGAUUUAAGUAAUUUUCCUGAGGGAUGUCAGUGAGUGUGUGUAAGCAUGUGUGAGUGUGUGUGGGUGUGAAUGCAUGUGGUUGUGCGAGAUAUGACAACAAUCUGUGGAUUUUCAUAAAUGUUAUUUUUUUAUGAUAUAGCGAGCUCUCUUAACUAAUACUCGUACAUUUUUAUAUAAAUUUUAACUUUAAGAUUACUUCUUGCACUUAUUUCUUAACUAAAUUUGAAUCAAAUUUCAUUCAAAUGCUCUAGGCGUGAAGAGACAGAUAGAAAUUUUUUAAGUGGGGAAAA